AUGUGCUUCUACGACCAGCACCGUUUUGUCUGUGGCGAUUGGAAGUGGGGCCAUUUCCGCCAGCACUGCGCUAAAGAGUACCGAAUUGGCGAGACGUGUGGCAUGAAGCUCAUCAUGCAAACGGUUCCUACUGGCACAUACUGCAAGCUCUGCGAGAAGAUCAACACCAAGAUGCGCCGCCGAGCCGCUGAGGUGGACCGUGUCGGCCGAUGGCAGCGCGAGGCUCACAAAUUCGCGGCCUCUAUUGAGAAAUCCAUGGAGAUGAUUCGCGCAUUGGACGGGGAAAUCUGUGAGCUAACCAACGAGCGUAACCGCAGACUGCAAGCGAUUCACUGA